ACAGCCAGCAAGGCGACGCAACGGUCCUACUCCCAGAAGAAAAGUAGGAAUCAAAACAGAGGAGUGCCUUUACAUAGUAAUGCUUUCUGUUGUUAUUUUUAAUCUACUUUCAUAACUACCUCCACAAAGCAUUGAAGAUAUUGACACAGACAAAGAAAUAAUCAAGAAAGCGUCGAAACUCUUACUUCAGUUUCGCAUUCAGACGCAAGCUACUAACUAGCGUAACAACAACCCAAGAUCAGCUCAAUGGCUACAGCAUGUGUGUCCAAGGUGGAGCUGACAGUCUCCUGUGAAAACCUGCUAGACAUGGAUGUGGGCUCCAAGUCAGACCCGCUGUGUGUCCUGCUCAUGAACACAUCUGGAAACCAGUGGUUUGAGGUCGACCGCACAGAGAGAGUCAAAAACUGCCUGAACCCAAAAUUCGCCAAGAAGUUUGUGGUCGAUUACCACUUUGAGAUCGUUCAGAAGCUCCGAUUUGCCGUUUAUGAUAUUGACAAUAAAACCAUUGAUUUAAGUGAUGACGACUUCCUGGGCGAGUUGGAGUGUUCGUUGGGUCAGAUUGUUUCCAGUAGCAGACUGUCAAGACCUUUGCUGCUGAAGAACAAAAAACCUGCAGGGAAAGGAGUGAUUAUGAUUAGUGCAGAGGAAAUCAAGGACAACAGAGUUGUAAACUUUGAAGUGGAGGCCAGAAAACUGGACAAUAAGGAUUUCUUUGGAAAAUCAGACCCAUUCCUCGAAUUUUACAGGCAGACGGAAACAGGCUGGCAGCUUGCUCACAGAACUGAGGUGGUGAAGAAUAAUUUGAAUCCUUGCUGGAGGCCUUUUAAAAUUCCUCUACGCUCUCUCUGUGCAGGCGACAUGGAGAAACCAAUCAAGGUGGAGUGUCAUGAUUACGACAACGAUGGAUCUCAUGAUUUGAUUGGGAUUUUUGAGACCAACAUGAAGCGUCUUGAAGCGGCUUCUCGCUCGGCUCCGGCGGAGUUUGAGUGUAUAAACAGCAAGAAGAAACAGAAGAAGAAGAGUUAUAAGAACUCUGGAGUCGUGAGUGUGAAAGUUUGUCAGAUUACUAGGGAGUACACCUUUCUAGACUACAUCAUGGGAGGCUGCCAGAUAAAUUUCACUGUGGGCAUAGACUUCACAGGGUCUAAUGGAGAUCCCAGGUCACCAGAUUCUUUACAUUACAUCAGUCCUCAAGGUGUGAAUGAAUAUCUGUCAGCCAUCUGGUCAGUCGGCCUUGUGGUUCAGGACUACGACAGUGAUAAAAUGUUUCCGGCGUUUGGAUUUGGCGCUCAGAUUCCACCUUCAUGGCAGGUGUCUCAUGAGUUUCCUCUCAACUUCAAUCCUACAAAUCCAUUCUGUGCAGGUGUGGAAGGUGUGAUUGAGGCCUACAGGAUGUGCCUUCCUCAGGUCAAACUUUACGGCCCUACCAACUUUGCUCCUAUCAUCAACCAUAUGGCUCGUUUUGCACAGCAGGCGUUACAGCAGAAAACGGCAUCGCAAUACUUCGUCCUGCUGAUCAUAACAGACGGAGUGAUCACUGAUAUGGAUCAGACGCGUGGGGCCAUAGUUGCUGCCUCACGCUUGCCCAUGUCCAUCAUCAUCGUCGGCGUAGGAAAAGCUGAUUUUACAGACAUGGAGAUUCUGGAUGGAGACGACGGACGAUUGAAGUCUGUCACUGGAGAACCGGCCGUACGAGACAUCGUGCAGUUUGUGCCCUUUAGAAAGUUCCAGAACGCGCCCAGGGAAAUGCUUGCCCAGUGUGUACUAGCAGAAUUACCCCAACAAGUCACAACCUACUUCAGAUAUAUAAACCUGUCACCUCCGAACGAGCCAAAACAUUCAUAGACAUGUAGGGCUCUCUUCUUUAUCUGCACCUGACCAAUGCCAUGCUCAUGUCUAUAUGUUUUACCUCUUAUCAAUGCAUUCUGCUGUCAGAUCGGAUGUUGCUUUUUGUUAAGACUACACCAUCAACCUACUAAAAGCUGGUCUAAAGACAGUGAAGUUUUUUAUUUGUUUUUUUAAAGAGCAUGUUAGUGAUGAGCAUCUAUAGGUGUCAGCAACAUGCAUACACAUUACUUAUUACACACACAGGGAUGCACAGCAGCACACAAGCAUCUUUAAAUGUGAAAAAAAUAAAUGUAAAAGAUUAUUAUUGUUUACAUAAAUUUGAAAACUGCCUACAUGUCAUAAUGGAUAAUUAUUGCAUGUGUCAAAAUUAGCCCAACUACCUAUUUAAAGAGAGAAUGAGAUCAAAAUUAGAAUUGCCGAUCCAUUUCCUCGAUAUUAAAGCAUUCUGUUUUUUACAAAGUCCACCAUGUGAUUAGUGAAUCCACAAUGGCACGACUGAAACUCGCUCUAAAAAGGAAUGGAAUGAAAGGAUGAGAAUCUGAUUGGUUUAAUGCAGG